AACUGUAGAAGCAGCUGAUGCUUUGGAUAAAGCUAAUUAUCAGCUGUUUGGUAAACUCAUGGUGGAAAGCCAUAACUCAUUAAGAGAUGAUUUCGAGGUUUCAUGUCCAGAACUAGAUCAACUUGUAGAAGCUGCUCUCAAGGUAGAUGGUGUGUAUGGAAGUAGAAUGACCGGCGGGGGAUUUGGAGGUUGUACAGUGACACUUCUCAAGCAGGAGUGUGUAAAAUCUGCGAUAGAAGAAAUCCUAAAAUCAUACAGUGGAACCCCGACAUUUUAUGUUUGCAAACCAUCCCCAGGGGCCCUUCCAGUCAAAUUAUAAUUUUCCUGUGGGUCCCUAUCAGUUAAAUUUUUAAAAUCCUGGGGGAGCCUAUCCGUGAAAUUUUAAUAUUCCUGGGGGCUCUUCCAGUCAAAUUCUAAUAUUGAAUUGACGAUAAAUAAUUCAAUUUGCAUCAAAAAUAAAAUCUAAAAUGUAACAUAUCCCAUUAUGUGCAUUUUUUGGGACGUAUAUGUUACAGUUAUUGAAUAAUAUUUAACCUCUAUAAGAUAUAUUGUAGUGUAACAUGUGUGUAUGUUGUUUAAUGUAAUCUAUUUUUUAUACUGUAGAUUAUCUAUUGAAAAGGGUGAUUUAUUUUUUAUAAAAUAAAUUUGUUCGUUAUUUA